UCAUAAUUCUUUGUUUUGGAUUGAGCGCGUGCGUAAACUAGUGGCGGGAGUUACAGAGAAGAACAACAACAGACGGAAGAAAGAAAGUGGGAACGAUACAGACUUAAAAUGACAACUGAAAUGAGAAGAAGAGACUUAGAUGCACACAGAAGAUCAAGAGAUCGGAGAAAUCAACACUUUUCAAGAAGGGAAGAAAAGUCAUCUGGACCUCUUAGCCCUCUGAGAAGUCCAAUGAAUAGAAAAAUACAGUCAGAUAUUAACUGUGAUAAAAGCAGGGAUAGAAAAGGAUGCUGGAAGCAACUGGGUUUAACUGAUGAGUUUAUGGAGGAUGAAAAUGAAUACCCAGUAUUACAGUGUUCAAAGUUUAUGCCAGAAUCUUUCACAAAACUAUCCAAUGGACUUAAUAUGAGUUGGGCAGAGCAAGUUGAAUUGGAUCAAGAAGACUCUAGAUACACACCAGACAGAUCAGGUAAAAGAUUACAGUGGGAACAGGGAGCAGAUGGAAAUAGGUUUGCUGGAAGAAGAAGAUUAGAAAUGAAAGGUGACGAUAAAAGGGAACACAGAGGUGAACGAAGGAGUUCUACAAUGGAAAAAGAAACUGAUGAAGCUAUACUUGACAGAAGACAGAAAGCAGUUGACUACGGAAAGAACACUUUGGCUUAUGAUGAAUAUAUAAAGGCAGUUCCAAAAAAUCAAAGAAAGAAAGGCCAUCCUAGAACUCCUAACAAGUUUAUGAAAUGUAGUAGAAGAUCUUGGGAUUGUCAGGUCAGAUACUGGAGAAUCAAUUUACAUCAGUGGGAUCCUCCUCAUGUAAAACAACAGAUGGAAAAUAGGAAAAACCACAUCUUUGACAGUUCAUCAGAAGACACAGCCUAUUCCACAUCUCCGUCUGACUGUGAGAUGGAAUCAUGUUCAUCAUCCACAACUGAUUCAGCAUCAUCCAACAUCAAUGUUCAUAUCAAGAACCAAAUCAACACCAUCAAACAAGAGGAGGUUGACAACAUCUUCCCUCCACCAGCCUACAUACAGACUGCAGACUCCAAGGACAAUCAGACAACAGAUAACCAAAUGGAGGAUAAAUUCUUUGAGGAUUUUGAAUUGGAUCUUUGUCUGAAGGAGGAGGAAGAGAUUUACUGAAAUCAUGUGACUUUGUUAUUGACCAUCAUGUGACAUUGUUAUUGAUCACUUGUUCUCACUUAUACUUGGCAACAGUUUUUACUUUUAUAGUUCAUAAAAAGAUUUUUAAUUCUGAAAAUGACUAAAGGAAAAAAGAUAUGAUUUAUUUUUUACAGAAAUGUUCUGUGUUUUAUGUUUUGAUUUUAGAUGAGGAACUAGGUUGUAACAUUUUACAUUUUAAAGAUCAGGAAUGAAAAAAAAGGCUUUAUUUUAGAUUCAGUCAAGGGAGAUUUUAUCCAAUCAUUAGUGCUACUUGAUUUUCAGGUUAAUGUACAGUGUAUGAUAAUUGUAAAAGUGUACAGAAAAUGAGGAAAAAUUGUGUAUAGUUUUAAAAACAAACAAAAAAAACCAACUGAUUUUGGGGGUGGGAAUAAACAAAUUUAUAUAAGAAUAGAUGUCAUGAAGAAAACAUUUUUUCACCAGUUUUCAUUUAGGAAAAAAGAAGAUUAAAUAGUUUGUCAUUAUGUUCAAUUAACUUUAAAAUUAGCAUUUUAAACUUGAAAGAUGUGUGAAUUAUUAUAUAUAUUUAAAGUAAAUAUUAGUAACAUUUUAGUGUAACCUCUUGUAAAACUUUUGAAUGUUCUAAUCAUUUUCUUCGUUUCCUUUUGCAAUAAGGUAAAUUUACAUAGAAGUAGAAUAUUCCACAGUUUAAUUUAAACAUUUAUGUUAUCCAGGGGAGACCAUUUUGAUUUGGAGUUCCCAUCAUAAAAAUCAUUUUCAUACAUUUAAAAAACAUGUCUUCCCUUGAUCUCAUAUUUGUUUAAUGAAUCAGUCUUUGUAAACUUAAGUAAUUAUGACUGAAGAUAAGUCUUAUUUGAAAAAGAAAAAAAAAUGUAAAAUAGAUAAAAAGAAAAAAGUAUAAAAAAAGAAUAUCGUUGGUAUAUAUGCAUGUAGUGUGUUUAAUGAAUGUUGUGUCAGAUUGAAAUUAUGUGAAGAUAUUUAAAAUACUCCAAAGAAGUCAAAAUCCAUUCCCUCUAUUAUGCUAUUUUAUAAUUUAAUAUUCCCAAACAUCAAAUGGCAAAAAUUUCCUUUACUAAAGUCCACAUUGUUGACCGAAAAUACAAGAAAAAACAUCUGAAUAUGUAGAAAAAGUAAUCAUCUUUAGCUUUUAUUUUUGUUUUGCAUGAUUCACAAUAUGGUUUUACAAUUAAUAUGUAUCAAAGUUCAGUUAUAAUUGGAACCUAUUUUUAAUAGAAUUUGUAUUAUAAAGUUGAUACUAAAUUUUACCAGAUGAGUACUGCGUUCUGCAAUUUAUAGGACAUUGAUUUUAAAGAAACUGGAUUAGGAUGGAAAAUUGUUUUAUUGAAAAAAAAUGUUUUAUGGCUGUUUACAAAUUAAGGGUUACCGGUAUGAAUGUUAGGGAUGAUGUUUUAAUUGAAAAAACUUUUAUUUUUUUACACAUUCUUUUUUUAAUGCUUUUCAAAGAGUUAUAUAUUCAAUGUGUUUGAUGAUGAUGUACCUGUUGAAAAAAACAUUAAAAAAUAAAUAUAUAGCAAUAUAA